GAAUUUGGAAUCCGGAAGGAACUUCACACUCUAGGAGGCUGGGCUGUAAGAAUCCCCCGUUGAAGUCUGAGAAAGGGGCCAGCUUCCUCUCGGGAUUCAGAGGCGAAGCCCAGAACCGCGGUGCUGGGAAAGGCUCGCCUUGUCAUGCACACUCGGUAGCUCCGGGUCUCUCCAGCCGCACUACCAAGGGGACCCUCGACCCCCACUUCCCUCCGAAAGCUACGUCGUCGGCAGACGCCGGAUCCUUCACUCAGACUUCUUGAUCUACAAAAUGCUUCGAUAUCCGUAUUUUUGCAGAACGUAUAAUAGACUGUUUUCAUACUUUGUGGAUUCUGGUGCAUUUAAUUUGGAUGUCUGUCCCCACACAAUCCACACUACAGCAGCAAUGCAUGCUGAAUAUAAAGCUUCAGAAGGGCCAGCUCAGUGUGGUACUCAGAAGGUACAUAGAUCUGAAGAGAAAGAUUCCGAAGCCUUGGCUAAAUUGCAUAUCCCAGUAAUGGUGGAUGAAGUUGUUCACUGCUUGACACCACAAAAGGGACAGGGAUUUGAAGUUCUUGUGGUACAGAUCUUAACACGCUUGGUUUUUCUAGAUAUGACAUUUGGUUCAGGAGGACACACAAAAGCCAUUCUGCAGAAGGAACCAGAUGUUACUGUCUAUGCCUUAGACCGAGACCCAGUGGCUUAUACUAUAGCUGAGCAGCUUUCAGAAAUGUAUCCGACACAGAUCCAAGCUCUGUUGGGCCAGUUUAGCCAGGCAGAGGCUUUGCUACUGAAAGCUGGAGUGCAGCCAGGGACUGUCGAUGGAGUCCUUUUGGAUCUGGGAUGUUCCUCCAUGCAACUUGAUACUCCUGAACGAGGUUUCUCCCUUCGGAAAGAUGGUCCCUUGGACAUGAGGAUGGAUGGAGACAGGUACCCUGACAUGCCCACUGCUGCUGAUGUUGUGAAUGCCUUAGAUCAACAAGCACUUGCAUCCAUCCUAAGAGCAUAUGGAGAGGAGAAACAUGCCAAAAAAAUUGCUUCUGCAAUCAUUCAAGCACGCAGCACAUACCCUAUCUCUAGAACCCAGCAGCUUGCCAGCAUUGUUGCAGGUGCCUUUCCUCCCUCUGCUGUCUAUUCAAGAAAAGAUUUGCUACAAAGAUCAACCCACAUUGCUACCAAGACUUUCCAAGCCCUUCGUAUCUUUGUGAACAAUGAGCUCAAUGAACUCUAUACAGGACUGAGGACAGCCGAGAAGUUUCUGAAAACUGGUGGUCGCCUGGUUGCCCUCUCCUUUCAUUCUUUAGAAGAUCGCAUUGUCAAACGCUUUUUGCUUGGAAUAAGCAUGACAGAAAGAUUUAACCUGAGCAUUAGACAGAAGGUGAAGCAAACGUCACCGCUGGGUUCAGAUCCUGACACUGAGGAGAGAGGCUCUGGAAGAGCUCCUCUGAAGUGGGAGCUGAUACACAAGAAGGUACUAACUCCAGAAGAUCAAGAUAUCCAGGAUAACCCCAGAGGGCGCUCAGCAAAGCUCAGAGCAGCCACCAAACUAUGAGGGUCUUAUUAUUUGAUCUACAAGUUUUUACUCAAUAAUUAUGAUUUUUUUUCUAACUUAAAACUGCAUUUCUGAAUAUAAUGUAAAGUAUGGGACAGUCUGAACAUUAAUGGUAGUAAACUUAUUUUUUUUUCCUCUGAAGAAAUAUAGGAAGUUUUAACAUGACAUAACAAUUUUAACUCAGGGAGCAGUCUUAAGAAUGGAAAACAAUGUUGAUAUUGAUCUCUGCACGUUAUUUUAAUUAUAAAAUAUAAUCCUUUCUUUCAUGAAGAAGUGGAAAAACUAUGACAUUGUAUUAAUCUGAAUUUGCAACCUCAAGCUGCUAAAGAGAAUAAUAACCAUAUCUGUAUGCCCUAAAUUCCAAAUUGAGAUAUUCACAUUUGCAGUUGACUUUCUAUGGCUUAUAUAAUUCAGGAUGAUCAUGGAAUAAAUUAUAAUUGCUCCUACCAUAACUUUCUCAAAUGUAAGCUUUUUACAAAUUUUAAAUUUUCAACAUUAUUUAAAAUAUGCCUUACUGAUGAUCUUCACUAGUGAAUUCACAGUUCAUUUGAAGGCAUUUUUCAUAUGAUCCACAUUUCAUACAUUGCAAAGUAAGCAUGUACAACUGCCUAACAACUCUCAUGAAAAACUUGAAGUCCAGAACUUCUAUUUGCUGUCAAUUGUAUCUAUUGUAGGAUUGGUCAAUACCUUUAAUAAACAAUGUAAUCACUUGUUUCAUCUUG